AUGACGACGGAGAUUGGUGAAACGACGGGCGAGCGUCGGGUGCCGGAGAUUGAAAAGGCAAAGAGCGGCCGACGGAGGGCGGGCGAGAGACGAGACGAGAGUGAAAGCCCAGCAAAUCAAUCUGUCCAGAAAUCGAAUCGAAUCGAACCGAACCGAAUACAUUUGUUUAGCACGAUUUUUCAAUUUCGACUAGAUUUUAUCGAGCCUUAUAACAAAGUUUUUCUCGGAGGAUCUGCUGAAUUUUUGCGAACCGGCGCUCGUAUGGAGUCCGAGGAUGAUAUGCACGACGCCAACGAGGUAGCGUCAGUGGAAGAAGAGGAUGACUAUUAUAGCGGCGGCGAAGAAGAGGAUAUGGAUGCGGAGGGAGAUGAUGAGGAAGAUUACGGCUACAGCUAUGACUAUGCUAAUGAGGAAGACGACGAUACCGGAGAUUACGACUUUGUAGCCAAUUACUCAGACGACGACGAUGAUGUUCUCCAUAGUCGGUCACAGAGCUAUACCAUCUUAAAGGAAGAAGAUAUACAGCAACGUCAAGAAGAAGACAUUACCAAAAUUUCUACUGUCCUUUCAAUUCCAAGGGCAGCCGCAUGCAUACUAUUGCAACGUUAUAACUGGAGUGUGAAUAAUGUUCAUGAGGAAUGGUUUGCUAACGAAGAAGCCGUUCGUAAAGCUGUUGGUUUAUUGGAGAAACCACUUGUCAAGUAUCAAAAUUUUACUGAAGUUGCCUGUGGAAUCUGUUUUGAGAACUACUCUUGCAAUAGUCUUCGUUCAGCUGCAUGUGUUCAUCUUUUCUGUGAUGUAUGCUGGAAAGCUUACAUUAGCACAUCCAUCAACGAUGGCCCUGGAUGCUUGACUCUGAGGUGUCCUGAUCCAUCCUGUGGUGCUGCUAUUGGCCAAGAUAUGAUUAAUAAGUUGGCAUGUGAUGAAGAUAAAGAAAAGUAUAAACGCUAUCUUCUUAGGUCGUAUGUUGAGGACAGCCGCAAGGUUAAGUGGUGUCCUGCUCCUGGUUGUGAUUCUGCUGUGGAAUAUGUUGUUGGCAGUGGAAGCUAUGAUGUCUCUUGCAGUUGCUCAUAUAGCUUCUGUUGGAAUUGCACUGAGGAAGCUCAUCGGCCAGUGGACUGCGAAACUGUGACAAAGUGGAUUUUGAAAAACAGUGCAGAGUCAGAAAACAUGAAUUGGAUAUUGGCCAACUCCAAGCCUUGUCCAAAGUGCAAGCGUCCGAUAGAGAAGAAUCAAGGCUGCAUGCACAUGACUUGCACACCACCCUGCAAGUUUGAAUUUUGCUGGCUAUGUCUUGGUGCAUGGUCAGACCACGGUGAGAGGACAGGAGGGUUCUAUGCAUGCAACCGUUAUGAAGCAGCAAAACAAGAGGGAGUGUAUGAUGAAGCUGAGAGGAGGAGAGAGAUGGCCAAAAACUCUUUGGAAAGAUACACUCAUUAUUAUGAGCGCUGGGCUUCCAACCAAUCGUCAAGGCAAAAAGCUCUAGCAGAUCUGCAUCAGAUGCAAAGCAUACAUCUUGAGAAGCUUAGUGAAGUACAAUCACAACCGGAGUCACAAUUGAAAUUCAUUAUAGAAGCCUGGCAACAGAUAGUUGAGUGUAGGAGAGUGCUCAAAUGGACUUAUGCAUAUGGGUACUAUCUACAUGAGCAUGAAGAUACUAAAAAGAAAUUCUUCGAGUAUUUGCAAGGUGAGGCGGAAGCGGGUCUCGAGAGGCUUCAUCAGUGUGCAGAGAAAGAGCUAAUGAAUUACCUCAAUGCUGAUGGGCCAUCAAAAGAUUUUAAUGAUUUCCGUACAAAGCUUGCUGGUCUAACCAGCGUGACCCGAAACUACUUUGAGAACUUGGUGAAAGCACUGGAGAAUGGUCUUUCAGAUGUAUCCCAGGCAGCAAGUAAUAGUUCCAAAAACGGGGCCGGGACUAGCAAGAGUAAAGGCACAAGGGGGAAAGGAUCUUCAAGAUCUGCCACAUCAGGUAGAAAUGCAGAUGAUUCGGUUAAUUGGACUUGCGAUCAGUGUACCUUUGUGAAUGUACCAUCUGCAAGCACUUGUCAUCCGGUCGACAGGCAAUCGCGGCCGACUGUAGGCGGCCGGUAUUCAGAGGUGGCCGCACCUUCGGUCGGCCACAACCGCCUGAUAGUGCGGCUUUGCCGGCCGACUGCCGGCGAGUUUUGA